AUGGCUAAGUUUUUCGAUAAUCUUUGGGAAAAUCUACUUUUAAUCUUUUUGGGUGUUUUGCCUUUGAUUUAGGUUUUGAUAGGAUCAGUUUGGAAGAAAAAGAAUAAAUGUAACACAUUAUUAACUAUCCUUAGACUAUAUAGCUUUGAGAUUAUAAUUUAAACAAAAAAGAAAUAUUUUCAUCCUAAAUUUAUGUUCAAUUAACACAAAAAUAGCAAUUUUGGGUAUGUUUACAUUUUUUUCAAUAUUGCAAAUAAUCAUCAACAUUUAAUUUCAUUCAGAGUAUAUUAUAUUUUUAGUUUUAGUUAUGUUUUGAUUAUAAUUAUAGAAUUUUGUUAGAUAAUAAAUUAUUUGUUUGCAGGAUUGCAAGUAUUUGAAGAUGCAGUUAAAUAUGGAAAAACAACAUUAGUAACUUAAUUCAAUUUCAUAGUAUUUUAUGUAAUAUAUUUAGUUACAAUUUCUUUGUUUUUGUGGAUUUGCAAUAAUUUUAUUUGUUUGGUAAAUAAAUAACGAAGAUAAAUUUGUAAUAAGACAUGAAGACAUAAAUUGUUGGUUAAUGUUCAUUCUUAGAGGAGUAGCAAUAUUGAUAUUUUCAAUUUUGGUGUUUUUUAUGCCUUAAGAUAAAAAACUACUUUAGACUGUUGUAUCAGAGUAUAAAUAUAAACUCUAAAUGCUUGGCAAUGAUGAUGAGGCAUAGAUAAGAUAAUAAUUAUUGACAAAUGAAUCAAAUUUUACUUUUUGUUAAACUGAAAAUUAAUAAUAUCAACAGAUUAAAGAUAUCGAAGUGAAAUCUUUUUAAGACAAUAAAGAUAAAAAUACAGAAAGGAAAUAUAUUAUCUAUGAAAUAACUUAUAAAUAUGAGGGAAAACAUAAAAUAGUAUUUAGAUCUUUCAGUGAUUUUUUAACAUUUCAUAGAGAUUUUACAACAAUAUAUCCAUAAAUCUUAUUGCCAUAAUUUCCUUAAAUGACAAAAUAUUUAACUCCAUAAGAUAUUGAAAAUCGAAGAUAAUAAUUAGAUAGCUUUUUGAAAGCAAUAUCAAGUGUAUUAGGAGAUAAUGAAUUACUUGGAGAUUUUUUGAAUGCAAAUGGAAAAUUUUUAUAAUACAAAGCAAGAAUACCUUUGCCAAAAUCUUAAUAAUAAUAAAACCCAAAGAAGAUUACAACACAAUAAUAAUAUUCAAAAGCUAAGUCAAUAUAAAGUUUAAUUCCAGAAACAAUUUGGGAAGGAUAAGGAGAUGAAGAUGAAGAGAGUAUUGAAGUUGAUACAAGAAAAAAAAAGAAAGCAUCAACUUAUGUAGAUGAGCAUUUUGGGCAGGAGAAAGAAUAUUAAAGAUUUAAUAGUGCUUCUUAUCUUAAUGAAGAAGAAAGAAAUUAUGAUUUUGAGAAGCCCUUAGAUGGUAUUUAAUGUGUUGUUAUCCAUUUAUAGAUUAGAUAGUUUAUGAUUAAUUUUAAGAUAAUAGUCACUCUUUUGAAGAAGAAGAAAAACAUUCAUCAGAAAAUAUGAGAAUAAUGUAAUGA